AUGGUGCAUUUCACGGCAGAGGAGAAGGCUGCUGUUGUUAACCUGUGGGCCAGGGUGAACGUGGAGCUAGUUGGAGGCGAGGUCCUGGGAAGGCUUCUGGUUGUUUAUCCAUGGACCCAGAGGUUCUUUGACAAUUUUGGCAACUUAUCCUCUGAAUCCGCCAUCAUGGGCAACCCCAAGGUGAAGGCCCAUGGCAAGAAGGUGCUGACUUCCUUUGGAAAUGCUGUAAAACAUAUGGAUGACCUCAGGGACAUCUUUGCUGAGCUGAGUGAGCUGCACUGUGACAAGAUGCAUGUGGAUCCUGAGAACUUCAGGCUUCUAGGCAAUGUGAUUUUGAUUGUCUUGGCAACCCACUUCAGCAAGGAGUUUACCCCGCAGGUGCAGGCUGCUUGGCAAAAGCUGACAACUGCUGUGGCUAAUGCUCUGGCCCACAAGUACCACUGA